AGCGAAUUGACAGACAGUGCGAUAUACUGGAUUUGAUCUGUGCUUGCGAUUUGCAGCGAUUUUGAGAAUACGGAAUUAAUUUUACUAUUACUAAUCGAUCGUUAAGUCUAAAUUGCUUUAUACAAUCAAAAUGCAGGGAUUAUCACUUCAAAGCUUGAAAAAGCACAAAGCUUUGAUCCCGUUGUACAUUUGUACUGCACUGGGUUGCGGCGGUGCCAUCGUUUAUUUAACGCGGCUCGCCCUGCGUUCCCCUGACGUCUCAUGGAAUAAGAAAACCAACCCAGAACCUUGGGAAGAAUACAGGGCAAAACAAUAUAAGUUCUACUCACCUGUCAGGGAUUACUCAAAGGAAGAGUCUCCGGCACCCAAGUAUUGAAACGCUAAUAAUAAAUAAUCUGUUUACUGCAAUAGUUGUUUAUUUAUGAUUUAAUAAAAUAGUUAUGUGAUACUUAA